AUGGGAAACUGCGACAGUGCUCAGGCCGAAUCAAAUAAAAGAAACCAGAAGAUCAACGCAUCCCUGGAAAAUGAUCGACGAACCUCAGAGCUUGUCAUCAAGUUAUUAUUAUUGGGCGCUGGCGAAAGUGGGAAAAGCACUGUCCUUAAACAAAUGAAAAUUAUCCACGACAACGGCUUCACCCCAGCCGAAGCACGCGAAAAAAGAGCUGUCGUUCAUGCUAAUUUGAUACAGGUAAUGGGUGCUCUAAUUGAGGGGCUCAACGCCGUCAAAAUACCACUUGCCAACGCCACCAACAUGGACCAUGUUGCCCUUAUACUCCACACACUUGAGCGGAAAGAGGAGCAAAAUGGACUGACGAAGCCCUUAUAUAAUUCAAUCAAAGCACUAUGGGAUGAUAAGGGAGUACGCGCCGCCUAUGAGCGCAAAGACGAAUUCUAUCUACAUGAUUCUGCUGCAUACUUUCUUGAUGCUCUGGAUCGGAUAUCCGACGAGAACUAUGUCCCAACAGAGCAAGAUAUUCUACAUACUCGUGUUGCAACAAUGGGCGUUAUAGAAGUUAUGUUCAAAAUGAAAAACAAGACCUGGAGAGUCUUCGACGUAGGAGAAUAUGAUCAAGUUCUCAUUGAAGACAAUGUAACGAACCGAAUGCAAGAAUCGAUCCAUCUUUUCAAGCAAGUCAUAAACAGCAAAUUCUUCACCAGCACAUCGGUCAUUCUGUUUCUUAACAAGAAAGAUCUGUUUGCACAGAAGAUUGGUAACGGCAGAUCCUUGACGGCUGCAUUUCCCGACUAUAAAGGCGCAGAAACGUAUGAAGCAGCAUCCCACUACAUCGAAAAGAAAUAUUUACACGUCAAUGAAAAUCCCAACAAAAACGUCUACUGCCAUCAUACUUGUGCUACUGAUACGGAACAGGUCCAAUUUGUACUCGACUCCGUUCUCGAUACGAUCCUUUCAUCGAAGCUCAAAGGCUGUGGCUUGUAC